AUGCCUGUUGAGAUAAGCUUCGGAAUACUUACUGGUAAGUACGACAGCAGUUAUGCGGAUAAGGUCAAUGAUUUAUCAAGUCCUAAAUUAAAAGAAGAAAUAUUAAAGGAGUUUCCAUCGGCCGAAAUAAGCGCAAUAAAAAUCGUACCAGACGAUUUGCAGGAAAUUAAAUCGACUCUAACAGAAUGGUUCGACUUGAAAAUUAACGUAAUAUUCACAACAGGCAAUCUACCAGACAUGAUCUUUGCUAUGAUCAUCAGUAGCUUGAAGAUUAAUCCAAUUGCGAUGCUCUCCAGACCCUUGAGCGGUAUUAGAGACAACACGAUGAUAGUAAAUCUGCCGGGAAGCCCCGAAAUGGUUUCGGAAUGCUUCGGUAUCAUCAAGGAAGCCUUACCCCUCGCUUUGGAGCUCCUAACAGAACAAAAAAAAUCUGUGGUUUCUGGUCACGGAGCCAUUCUGAGCGACUCAGGAGCAUCCGUUGUCCAAACCACCAGCCUUAGUAAGGUGAAACUGGCUCCAUUAAGAAAAUACUGCUACCCUAUUAUCGAUGUUGAAGUUGCUUCUGCUAUUAUUAAGGAUAUUUGUUCUGAUAAAGAGGAAACCACAGAAACGGUGCCUUUGGAGAGAUCGCUUAAUCGAAUUGUAGCAGAAGAUUUUUGUGCUGAAGAAUCGAUUCCUUCAUUUGCAACUUCGAUUAUAGAUGGUUACGCGGUUAAAAGGAGCGAUGGCAAAGGAAUACGUGUUGUGAAGAAUGUCGCAACUGCAGGAGAUAAUCCAAUCGAUGAAGUUCUGAAGUCAGGCGAAGCGAAAAGAAUAUCGAUGGGAGAUCCAAUUCCUGCGGGAGCAGACGCAGUGGUACCAGUGGAAGAUACAUCAGUAGAUAAAUAUUCGAUUGAUGGUUCUAAAGUAAUUAAGGUGGAAAUCAAAAGAGCACCCAACUAUAAUGGAAACAUAAGAGGAAUCGGAAGCGACGUAUCGAAGAAUUCUUUGGUUUUAAAAAAAGGCGAACGUAUCAAACAUUUCUCUCUUGGAGUUUUAGCCAUGUUAGGAAAAACAAAUAUUUUGGUUUAUAAGUAA